AUGAGCACCUCUUCUUAACGACACGGGCAGCCUCGCUUCCGGCAGCACCAGAUAAGUCGCGAGAGGAAGCUUAAAUCUUGUCGCUUGUUUAUAGGACCACUUCGUUUCACAAUGGUCCGUAGUGGGAAAAACGGUGACCUUCAUCUUAAACAAAUUGCAUAUUAUAAACGAACUGGUGAAUAUCAUCCAACUACACUGCCGAGUGAGAGAAGUGGAAUAAGAAGAGCAGCAAAAAAAUUUGUCUUCAAAGAAAAAAAGUUGUUUUAUGUUGGAAAAGACAGAAAACAAAACCGUUUGGUAAUUGUUUCAGAAGAAGAAAAAAGGAAAGUCCUAAGAGAAUGCCAUGAAAAUGACACUGGAGCCCAUCAUGGCAUAUCCAGAACCCUUACUCUGGUGGAAUCCAAUUACUAUUGGACUUCUGUGACUAACGAUGUCAAACAGUGGGUAUAUGCUUGUCAUCAUUGUCAAGUGGCGAAAAAUACAGUUAUUCUAGCGCCUAAACAGCAUUUUCUCAAGGUGGAAAAUCCAUGGAGUAUAGUUACUGUUGAUCUAAUGGGUCCAUUUCAUACAAGCAACAGAAGUCAUGUAUAUGCUAUAAUUAUGACAGAUUUGUUCACAAAAUGGGUUGUGAUUUUGCCUCUAUGUGAUGUUUCAGCAUCAGAAAUUUCUAAAGCUAUUAUCAAUAUAUUUUCCUUGUAUGGACCUCCUCAGAAAAUAAUAAUGGACCAAAGAGAUGAGUUCAUUCAUCAGAUCAAUGUUGAACUGUAUGGAUUGUUUGGCACAAAGCAAAUUGUAAUUUCUCAUGCCUCUCAAACUGUUAACCAAACUGAAGGUAUACCUAACACCAUCAAAACGUUUCUUUCCAAACACUGUGCUGACCACCCAAACAACUGGGAUGAUCACCUAUCAGCUGUUUCAUUUGCCUUCAAUAUAACUCACUUGGAGCCUACCAAAAAUACACCAUACUUUCAGAUGUUUCAUCGAAAUCCUUAUAUGCCUGAGACUUCAGAUGUUCUCCAUGAAGUGGAUGGUGAUAAUACAAGUAUGUUUGCCAAAAUUAUAGGUGCUAUUAAAGAAGCUGAUAAAAUAAUGGAGACUAAGACAACUUCUGUGGGCAAGAUGGAGAAUAUGGAUAUUGAUGAAAUAAAUAAAAGCAAAAUCAUUGUUAAAAAGAAACCAAAACAAUUAAAUCCAUUUCAUCUAAAAGUGGGUCAUGAAGUUUUAAGACAAAGGAAAAAUUGGUGGAAGGAUGGUCGUUUCCAGUCCGAAUGGGUUGGCCCUUGUGUCAUAGACUAUAUUACAGAAAGUGGGUGUGCUGUUCUGAGAGACAACACUGGGACUAGGCUUAAAAGACCUAUCAAAAUAGCUCACCUUAAGCCCUAUGUAAGAGAAUCCAGUGAUCAAGAUAGUCUUUAUCUCUUACAAGGCUCAGUAGUGGCAGAUCAUGACUACAUUGGAUUGCCUGAAAUUCCAGUUGGAGCAUACCAAGCAAAUAUUUUGGUAGAAGACGCAACUAUUGGUGUCCUUGAUAAUGAAUUACUGACAUCAAACAAGGAUGGUGAACUAUUAGAAUAUAGAAAUGCCAAAAUCUCUCCGCUGAUGGAAGAUAAUAGUAGUCUUGAAAAGCAGACUUUCAGUCUGUUGGACUCCUCAAACCAAGUCCUUGAGUACUUAAGUUAGUAAAUACUAAAACUCAGUUACAGUGCUUAUUUAAAAUGUGUAUCUCCGUGAAUCUUGAUAUUUUUUCCAUCAAAAAAGGUGUAUAAGAGAAGUGUCUGGACACACUUUUUAAUGACUAAAUUCCAAAAGUUUAUUUUAUAACUAUUUAUUGAUGAAAAGUUGUACCAUGUUUAAAUGUCAGUGCUCAUAUAUAUAUAGAUAUAGAUAUAUAUAUAUGGCAAAGGAAGCAUGUAAUAUGAGAGGGGACCCCAAAAAACUGGAAUUUAUUUCCCAAAAGUUGUGUGUUUAUUCUUAUAUGUUUAAACUUCAGUCACCUUCAAAGUAUUCUUCCAUCUGAUGCAAUACACUUAUCAAGACAUUUUUUCCAAUGCUCCAAACAGUUUUUGCACUCAGCAGUUUUGAUGCCUAUAGUGCUUCUGCUGUUUUUUGUUUGUUCUCUUCCACAUAGGCAAACAUUUCCCUUUGAGGACUUUUUUCAUCCAAGGAAACAAACAAAAAGUCACUUGGGACAAGAUCAGGUGAACAAGGAGGGUGGGGCAUGGGGGUCAUGCCAUUUUUGGUCAAAAACUGCUGAACACUCAGCGCUGUGUGGGCAGGUGCACUCGUAAAUGACCCAUCAUGAAAUGGGCAAACUCAUUGAAAGAGUCUUCAAAAAAAAAAAAUCACUGAAGCUGAAUACAGCCUCUCACAAUAAUGCCUGCUGGUACACUGACAGAGAUGGGUUCCUAGAACAGUUAUCUAGCAGGGGAAGCCUGUACUACAAAGGUCCUGCCCUCCACAAGAUAAUUCUGGGUUUUUUGAGGGGGGGUUUCCCCUCAUAUAUAGAAUUCACUUUUUUUUUCUAAAGACAGAAUAGACAAUUCUCUCUUUAGAAAAUUAUCUCUUAUUUCUUAGAAAGUGAAGUAAAUUUCAGCUCAAAAUUGGCAAAAUUUUGUUUUUACGGAACCAUGUUUUCAGUUUAUUUUUUU